AUGUUGCAAGCAUUGGGAGGACCCGUACCCCCAAACACUGACCAUGCUGUCAGUGUAUCGCUACCAACAUGGAGGGCAAACGUUGGCUAUGAGGAAGGAGAAGAUUGGGUCAUUAAGAAGAUGCAAUGUGGUUACCCACGGUUCUUCAUUCAUCCUACUAUUCAGAAGCUAGCUCAGGAAAUUGUUCGUCGCGUCGGCGACCCCAACCUCGAAUCGGCAACUCUCUUCGCGUCAAUCAAGCCCGCGCGCAUCUGUCAAUCCUUUGUGCUUGGGAAAAUCCCCACUGAUCAGGCGUACAAAGUCCGCAUUGUCAACUUCGUCCCAUCCCCGCAAACCGAAGCCGGAUCAACGAUUACGUCUUCCCUGUCGUGUGUGAUCUACCCAAAAGAAUAUGCUCCCAUUACCAAGCAAGUCUGGCAACACUCGGGUAAUGGAAUAUCUAGUCGCCGUGGUGAAUUCUGCCUUGGUGCGCUGGAAGAUGGUUUCUUGGUGGAAGACAAAGGUGCCGCAACUGCGGAGUCUAUUUCGCAGCGUCCUUGCAAGGGCCCCCGAAGGUACCAGAGCAAAAACAGCGCGAGAAAGGGCUCCAUUGGAGACUCUCCCCCAAGAGGAAACACUGAAGAUGGCCGAGACUAUGGUCAAUUCAUUGAGGAGCGCUUUGGUCGAAACCUAAGUACUUCACUCGCCAAUCAGGCCAAGUUGGCCGUUCGCAAGCGCAUUGCGGGUGUUCUAACAGCCGAUACUGAGCUUCCAGAGGCUCUGGAGACAGCAUCGUCAGAGGGCCGAGUGGCUGGCAUUUCAGAGGAGGAUGUGCUGCUUUACCCUUCGGGCAUGAGCGCCAUUUUCAACGCCCACCAGACUUUGCUGACAACUCGGGGGGAGUUGCCAUCAAUUUGUUUUGGGUUUCCUUACACGGAUACUCUGAAGAUCCUCCAAAAGUGGGGACCGGGCUGUGUAUUUUAUGGCCACGGCUCUUCAGAAGAUCUGGAUGAUCUUGAAUCCCGAUUGAAAGCUGGCGAGCGUUUCCUUGGGCUCUUCACCGAAGCGCCAGGAAAUCCUCUCCUCAAAACUCCUGACCUGAAGCGGAUUCGAGCCUUGGCAGACCAAUAUGGAUUUGCCGUGGUGGUCGAUGAGACCAUCAGUAAUUUCCUCAAUAUCAAUGUUCUGCAUCUGGCAGAUAUCGUUGUCAGCAGCUUAACCAAAAUUUUCAGCGGAGAUAGCAACGUCAUGGGAGGAAGUGCAGUCCUCAACCCUAAUGCACAGUAUUAUCCAGCUCUGAAGAAAACAUAUGACCAAGACUAUGAAGACAUCUACUGGGCGGAGGACGCCGUUUUCCUGGAAAGAAAUAGUCGUGAUUUCGUGGCUCGCAUUGAACAAAUCAACUCCACCACCGAGAACAUCACGGCUAUGCUAAAGGAGUCCCCUCUAGUGAAAGAUGUGUAUUACCCCAAAUACAGUCCCACGAGACCAUUAUAUGACAGCCUCCGUAACCCCAACGGCGGAUAUGGUGGCCUGUUUUCUGUCACGUUCCACUCCAAUGCUGAGGCUAUUGCUUUCUAUGAUACCCUGGAGGUCUUGAAGGGACCUAGUCUCGGGACUAAUUUCACCUUGAGCUCCCCUUAUGUUCUCCUAGCUCAUUACGGUGAACUGGAUUGGGCGAGGUCAUUCAAUGUGGAUCCGGAUCUUGUGCGCAUCAGCGUUGGAUUAGAAGAGGUACCAGAUUUGCGCGCCAGGGUACAAAAGGCCUUGAAUGCAGUACAAAAUGUCAAGCAAUAA